AUGGCCUCUGAGAUCAAAAGGCUUCGAGCCGAAGUUGAGGAGGUUUACAUUUGCAGGUCGAGGGUUUCGCUGGAGCUGGCCGAGGCGCGGCGGCAGCUGGAGGAAGAAAGGCGGCAGCACCUGAAGGAGCAGCAGCAGCUAAAAGAUGAACUCAUGCAUGCAGAAGCAAGGGCUGAGUGCCUCGGGGACCAAGUUGUUAGCUGCUGCUGCUGCUGCUGCUGCUGCUGCUGUUGA